AUGAAAGUAACAAACACCAAAAGUAUUCCAAGUCCACAAAAAACUCCGCUUACAAAUGCGGACGGACGAUUUAGAAAAUCAGUACACCUACUUAAUGGCAGGAUCGAUACAAACAAAUUAAAAGAACAAUUAACACAACACUUGGGAACAAAUGCAGAAGCAUACUGGAGUGCUUUCAAAAAAUUCAUAACAUGUAAAAUCAGACGAAAAGAAUUUGAAGGAAUUGUCAGAAGAUUACUUGAUCAGGAAUAUGAAAUUGAACCAAAAAGACAAAGGAUAAAGGCUUUGAUUAUGUCGUUGCCGAGAGAAGAAAGGGAAAGAUUAAAGAAUAUAGGAAAGGAUGAACAAAAUGAACAAAAUAGAAAUGGCACUUCUUCUUCCUUACCGGAACGUUUACCAAAAUAUAAUGAAGUUGAUGAUAGGCCGAUAAUACCGGCACCACAAACUGAAGCUGCCAUAGUUCCAAUGUGUCGAGAAAUAAAAGGAUUACCUGAUCAGAGAGACUUGUAUGAUAAGUUGAUUAAUAUAGCAAAAGCAAACGAACUAAAAGGAAUAUCGGAGGAAUGCGUAUCAUUUAUGAAUUAUGCCCUUGAGUCACAUUUAAAAAACCUCAUUGGCGAUUGUAUACAGAAAAUAAGACCAAGUGGAAGUUCAUUGGGUAGAAAUGGAGGUGGUGGGUUUUUGGGAAAGAUUGCACGUGAUGAUAAUAACAAUAAUACCAAUACUGGAAAUAAUAUCUUUGGGGGUCGUGUUAAUGGAAUAUGA